AUUAAAUGUAGUUUAUUUAAAUAUAGAUCAAUAGUUUAAAUGUAAUAGUCUAAAUGUAGAGUAUUAUUGAAUAAGCAGUAGUUUUGCAUUUAUAUCGGAUCGUAUCGAAGUGUAAAUCUAAGAUUGAAGAAAGUAUUACAUAUUGUUGAUAUCUUGAAUCCUCAGUAGAUUCAAUUCCUCGAUAGAUAACCUUGCACUAACAUUAGAAUCAGAUAGUGAUACACGUACGCUCACUGCGAACCAAUAUAAUAAUAUUAUAGUAAUUUUUAUUCAUUCGGUAUUAUUCUAUUUAUAUUUAAGUAACGUACAGAGAUUUAUAAACAAAAGUGGAUCAAAGCGUUAAACAUAAAUUCCAAAUAAUUAAAAUUUAACGAAUCGUACAAUUCACAGUUUCACAAAUUAGUGAAUUUUGAAGGUGGUGUACGUUCAUUUACGAGCCUGAAAAAUGACAUUGGUCUAAUUAAUUCUCAAAAAAGCCAUUUGUACAAUGAACUAACAUACAAUGAACUAACAUACUUGAACAGACAGAGGCGCGAACAAAUUAAGUAGACCUUAUCAGGAUUCUUCAAUCGAUGGAAUGCCAAACACUUCGAUAUUUCAACGGAAGCUGGGCUUACACCGCUUUGAAAAUAAGCGGCCCCAAGUUGCUCGUGUUCCACCGUACCAAAGCAUUCUCUCAUUCACAGGAAUUUAAAUGAAGUUGUUUCGUCCAUGAUUGCUUCCAGUUGAAAAGUGAAAUAUGAUUGCAAAUAAGAAAAAGCAAAGUACAAAAAGCAUCGUUACAGUUCAUGUGUUCUAUUGUUUGAAACCCACGAGUGUUAAGGAUAUUUUAAUCCCUACAUUUAAUUGCCUCCAACUUGAAUAAUUUUAAACAAGUGCCAUUUAUUACGUGUAUAAUUUAUGGAAGGACAAAAGUGACAAGCAGCUUGUAGUAAAAUUUUUAAUUGGUUGCCAGUUAUUUUUUAUACAAAUAGGGGUUAAUCAGCGUGCGCACACAGGGCAAUCACAAUGCUUAGUACAAUGCAGAAAGUAAAUGUCAUAUAGGUAGUAGGGCCUCGUGUAAUCUCGGGGCUAUCUAGCUAGAUUAACGUCGUGUACACCAGUUGUAGGCUCAUCGCUGUCACGUUCGUGUCAUCGAGUAAUCGCAACUUCUGACAGUUCUAAAUAUCAUUUUUGCGAUGAAGAACUUGUACAUAAUUUUUACAACUGUCAUAGGUUUAUACGAAGUAACUGCGUCUGAUGAUUGGUCAUAUUCGGGCGAUCAUGGCCCGGAACAUUGGCCAGGCCUGUGCACGACUGGAAAGAGGCAAUCGCCGAUAAAUAUUGCUACCGGAGAUAUCGUUAAAACUGAUCUUGGUCCACUUAAAUUCGUAAGAUACAAUACUGGAUUCAACGGCAAAAUCACGAACAAUGGCCAUUCCGUACAAAUUCGAUUGUACGGUGCACCAAUUCAUCUGGAAGGAGCAAAUCUUCCAUCUACAUAUAUUUUGGAGCAAUUACACUUUCACUGGCCCGCCGAACACACCAUAAAUGGCAUCCGUGACGCAUUAGAAUUACAUUUUGUUCAUUAUGACGAACAAUAUGGCAACGCGAAUAUGGCAUCGCAACAUAAAAAUGGCAUUGCCGUAGUUGCUACCUUAUUCGAGUUAAAUAGCGAUGACAAUUUGGAUAUAAUGCCAAUUUUGGAAGCAGUGGAACUAGUAUCUUACGCAGUCGGAAAAACUACGGCCUUGAUGGGAACCAAGAUUAUUCCUUACCGUUUUUUACCAAAAAAUCAUACGACGUAUUACCAUUAUGACGGAUCAUUAACUACUCCUGGAUGCCAGGAAAUUGUCAUGUGGUAUAUACUUGCCGAAAAACUUGCGUUAUCAGAGCAGCAGUUAAAUAUCUUUAAAAGUGUUGGAACAAACAACGGUACACUGAUCUUCAAUCACAGACCAACGCAGAGUGUCGGAGAAAGGACAGUUUAUCAUCAUUUGGACGGAUAUUCUGCCGCGACAACCCAUUUCAGCAAUUUACUGAACGUGUGCUUUAGUCUCUUACUAACCAAAUUGUUAUAUUUCAAAUAAUUCCAGUUAACUUCACCUGUGAAUUUAGAAUUAUCUAAUCGCGUAAGAUGUGAUCGAUAUACCGUUGACAGACAUUCAGCGAUUCGAGAAUUUUUGUUGCAUCUCGCUCAUACUGUGCAUAAUAAUGGGAUAAUAUUUUUUAUGGUUAUGAUAUGUCAAAGGAUUAUAAUUGUAAGAGAGAUAAAUAACAGUACUCGUGAAAGCU